UUGCGUUGACACAUAAUUGUUUCGUUCACACUCUUGAAAGCCAAGACUAAGACCUUUCCCCUCUCUCUCUCUCUCUCUCUCUAUCUCUGCGUGUCUCAAUUCUCAACCCCUUCCCUUCCCUUCCCUUUUGUUAUAAUAAACCCAGAAAACUCUUUAACACUUGUCUCACAUCGGCAAGAAAUGAAAGACAACAACUCCAAGAAGCGGCAGAGAAAGCUCGAAGAUGAGGGAGCUGAAGCUGAAGAUGGAGACAGUGACAAAGAACUCAACAUGAACAACAACAAUAAGAAGAAGACGAAGAAUAACAAUACUAGGAAGAAGAAGACGACGACUAAGGAUUUGAAGGGUAUUCUUACUUCCUAUAUUUUAUUAGAAGAAGAGGAAAAACAGGAGCAAGAAGAACUGGACAGAGACGCCAAUGAAGAGAGGCUCUUCAUCGAUUCAAACCACAGGAAGAAAACCAAACAAAUGGUCGACUACUACUACUCCAACAUCCAAGACUAUUGCACCGAAGUCGACCAAACCUCACGUAAAAAAUCCCGCCUUUCUUUCGCUGUAACUGGCGCUGUUGCCUCCGCCGCCGCCGCUGUUGCCGCCUCCGGCGACGAAAAGGCCGUCUCGAACCUCCGGAGCGAAAGUACCCAUCGAAGGUUGUGGGUCAAAGACAGGUCGAACGCGUGGUGGGACGAGUGUAACAGUCCGGAUUUCCCAGAAGAAGAGUUCAAGAAAGCGUUUCGAAUGGGUCGAGCCACGUUCGAUUCGAUUUGCGAGGAGCUCAAUUCGGUGAUAGCCAAGGAAGACACCACUCUCCGCAAUGCGAUUCCGGUGAAACAAAGGGUCGCCGUUUGUUUAUGGAGGCUAGCCACCGGGGACCCACUUCGGCUCGUGUCCAAACGUUUCGGCCUAGGCAUCUCGACUUGUCAUAAACUGGUUCUCGAGGUUUGUUCCGCUAUUCGAACGGUGUUAAUGCCUAAGUAUUUGCAAUGGCCCGAUGAGAAUGCGGUGAGAAAAAUUAAAGAGGAGUUCGAGUCGAUUUCGGGGAUUCCAAACGUUGUCGGGUCGAUGUACACGACACACAUACCUAUUAUAGCGCCUAAGGUAAGUGUUGCUGCUUACUUUAAUAGGAGACAUACUGAGAGGAACCAAAAAACCUCGUAUUCGAUUACGGUUCAAGGUGUUGUGGACCCCAAAGGGGUAUUUAGUGACGUGUGCAUUGGAUGGCCUGGAUCGAUGCCUGAUGAUCAGGUGCUUGAGAAAAGUGCGCUUUAUCAUAGAGCAAAUGGGGGGCUUUUAAAGGGUGUUUGGAUUGUUGGGAAUUCUGGGUACCCUUUGUUGGAUUGGGUUUUGGUGCCUUAUACACAUCCUAAUCUGACUUGGCCUCAGAAUGCGUUUAAUGAGAAGAUUGGGGAGAUUCAAAGGGUGGCUAAGGAUGCAUUUGCUAGAUUGAAAGGGAGGUGGUGUUGUUUGCAAAAGAGGACUGAGGUGAAACUACAAGACUUGCCUGUGGUGCUUGGGGCUUGUUGUGUUUUGCAUAAUAUUUGUGAGUUGAGGAAUGAGGAAAUGGAUCCGGAGUUUCGGUUUGAGCUUGUUGAUGAUGAGAUGGUUCCAGAACAGGCUGUGAGAUCGAAUGCGUCAACCAAGGCUAGGGAUGCCAUUGCUCAUAAUAUUUUGCAUCAUGGAAUUGGAGGCACUCGGUUUGUGUAGUGGAAUUCUUUUUUCUUUUUUCUUUUUUCUUUUUUUUGUUCUUUUGCUUGUUAAUUGUUAUUGACUCUCUCAUAGUAUGUUUUAUACAAGUUAUUCAUCAUUAUUUGUUGAAGGGGGUCUGUGAAAGAAAUAUAUAUAGUUUCCCCUACCACAAAUGGAUGGCUUUAGUCUUCGUAGACAACCUUAAGUUGUACCUAAAAAAACAAAACAUCACUGAAACAUGCUGUAACCUAGGUUCCAUACUUCAAUUACCAAAAUAUCAGAUGAAUACAAUCAAGUAACUUUUUUAA